AUGUCACAUCAACUGGGAGUCAACCAGAACCAAGUCUUUAAGCUGGUUUUGACGGGAGUUUUCCAGUUCCAAGAGAACCUCAUUAAAUGUAUGAUGCAGAUAGAGAAGACUUACUGCGAGUUGGCGCAGAUGAGCACCAAGAACUGCCUUAUUAUCUGUGACAGAGGCAUCAUGGACGCUACAGCAUACAUGAAGCCAGAACAGUGGGAAGAGAUGAAGAUGAAAAAUGGCUGGAAUGAGAUAGAGCUGAGAGAUAACAGAUAUAACCAGGUGAUCCACAUGGUCACUGCAGCCAAGGGUGCCGAGAAGUUUUAUUCCACGGAGCACGCCGUGCGAUAUGAAUCUCCAGAUGUAGCACGAAAUCUUGAUGAUAUGGCCUCCCAGGCUUGGGUUGGACACCCAUAUUAUGAUGUUAUUGACAACUCCACUGAUUUUGAAGCCAAACUUAUACGCAUGAUAUCAACAGUAACAGAUCGUCUGGGUAUGGACUUCAGGGAAAGGCUCAACGUGAACAGUAAGAAGAGGAAGUUCUUGGUGAGAGAGCUUCCAAGUCUGGAGGCGAUAGACAUGGCUGCCAGUGCAGAGACUAAGGGUUAUCCUCAGUUUCAAGAUUUUGAUGUAGUUCAUGACUACCUGGCCACCCCCGGCCAGAAAACCCAGGCCAGAAUACGGAAACGAGGGCAAAAUGGUAACUGGACAUAUACUCACACCAUACGUCGCUAUCUGCAGAAUAACGAGAGCGCAGAGACCAAGAUGCACAUCACGUCAAGGGACUACACAAACCUCCUGGCUCAGAUAGACGAGAAGCAUCAGACCAUCUACAAGACAAGGCGCUGUUUUCUGUGGAAUGAUCAAUAUUAUCAGAUGGACUUGUACAAGGAGCCGUGUCAAGAAAGGUGUAAAGGGCUGAUUCUCUUGGAAACGUAUAGCACAAUCCCAGCAAUGGAGCCAUUAGACUUGCCCAGUUUUCUGGAUAUAGUGAAGGAAGUCACAGGGGAUCCCUAUUACUCCAUGUACAAUCUCUCCAGUAAGGUCUGGCUACAGAAUACCAAGGGGAAGGCCACUGUGUCACAUGACUCUAUACCUAAUGAGGUUGCUAAUGGUGAUGUCCACCAGGAGGCUACAAGUAAUGGUGACCAUGAUGAGACCAAUGGAGACAUCAAUGGGCUCCGUUAACGCUAUCCAGUACAGCCUCUAUGUUUUGAGGAAACCAUAUUUUAGACAAACUACUGCUUGGAUGUUAUAAUGUGUGUGCCACAUCUCAUUAUCCUGCAUAAUUGCUUAUGUACAGCAUUUAUAAUCCAGUUAUACUUUACCUGAGUAGAUUGGAAGUAAAAGAUCUUUUCUUAAACAAACUGUAAGAUCAUAGUUCUUCAAUGCCAUGUUAAAAGGCACAAAGAUGAGUGAUAUUUUGAGAUUGUCCUUAAAUGUGGAACUUUUACCUAUAAAUUUUUACUCUGGUCGUGUCCCAAUCUUGUAAUACAUUAUUUUCAGUUUUUCUGUUAUUUUUAUUUCCUUUUGUAUAUUUUCCAUUUAGUUUUGCAAAUAUCUUAUGGUAGUUCUCUUUUUUGGUCUCUGUUCUUUUUAAGUGAACUAGUUUUCAGUGCUAACUCAGGAAUUGGUUGCUUUAUGGUGUGUACAUCUAUGUCUUAGUGUUUGAUUUUGCCCAGAAUAGGGAGAGCUAAAUGUUAAAGUAGACUAAAAACUAAAUUAUUUAUUUAGUGCAGUUGGAUUUGGUUUUUUAAAUCCAAAAAUAGGUACUAGGAAAAGAGAGACAGUGUUGUCAAGUAUUGGCAAAAAAUUAAGAAAAAUUGACCAAUUAUUUAUGUGAAAGUAGAAGUAAAAUUUUGUUAGGUGUAUAAGUGUCACACCAUUUUGUUAAGUUUGUUCAGAGAAAUGAAACUAAUGGCAGUGCCAUUUAUUCAAUGUUAACUACUAGUCAGUUGGUGACAUUUACUAUAUUCUUUUCAUUUAUUCAUUUCUGUCAUUUCAAGCCUUAUGUUUCUGAAGGAUUAUUUAACAAACUUUUACUUGCAUCAGUGACCAAAUUAUAGGAAAAUCCAAUAUGUGCUCCAGAAAUUCUUCCGUUUUUUUCUCCACCUUUCUGUUAUAUGUCAAGUCAUUCAAUGAGGGUAUCUACAUACCUUCUUUAUUGGUGUGGGGAGCCUAAAACUUCCAGUGCAGCUAUUGUUCAUGUAACAAAAAUAAAUGUGUCAUUCCUACUGAGAUGUAAGUACAUUUAAAACAAAUAAGUGUCUUUUUUCUGUUUGAUGCAUCUCGUGUGAUGCAGAUGUAGUUAUAAAGAUUGCACAGUUAUGUCGUAUCAUGUGCACAUUUCAGUGGAAAAUGCAGACAUUUUUUGCAAAUUAAUUACUUCUAGAAAAUAUAUUAAGCACCAAGUACAUUUUCUAAAAAAAAAUGUUUGUGUAGAGAAGGAAUUUGUUUAAUAUUCCUUCAGAUUGAAUUGUUUGAACCUGCACUUGCUCACAACUUUACAGUGGAUCUUUUUAGUGCAGUGCUUUCGAUACAUAGGCAUGAUAGGCCAUUAUUUAAUGUAUAAUAAAGAGCUCAUUUAAUUGUAUUAUUAAAUGAAGAAGCCUGUUAAUGGAAAUAUAUAUU